CUUUGAUAUGCACACUUAAUACAUUUCGGUAAACAUAAUUAUGUCACACCACACAACCCAUUUUGUGGUCGCAGGGUGAUUGCGAAGCAAAUAGUUAUAUCAAGUUUAUAGAAAUUAAUAUAUAACCGAAGCGCACUUAUUUAUUGAAUAAUGGAAAAACCAGAUAAUGUUAAGACUAAUAUGUCAACACCCGGAGAUGUUUGUUUAUAUCUUUGUAAAAGGAAUUAGAGCUGUUCGUACCACAAGUGUUUUUCGCCUAUUAAAUUUUGAAUUAUACGCUAAACCUAAUAAAAUAAUUAUGGGUGUGGGUAUUGCCUGUUUUGCUGGUGUUCUUGGUUAUAUUACAUAUAUGCGAUCUAAAUAUGAAGAUCUCGGCUAUUACGCUGCGGUUCAAGAUGAUGGUAAGGAAACAUUCACAAAGAAAGUCUCUAAUUGGGAAAAAUAAUAUGUAUAUUGUUUUAAUAAA